AUGGCGUAUGAAAGUCGAGGAGAUGGCGUUUACGCAGCGAUUCAACAGCCGGCCCCGUUGCAACAAGAUGGCAACUUAGCUACGAAUUGGAAAGAAUGGAAAAAUGCAUUUGAAUACUUUUUGAUUGCCACGGGCAAGGAUAAAGCGACUAAUAAAGAAAAAUAUGGUUUGUUUAUGCACUGCUUAGGCCAGUACGGGCGGGAAAUUCUAGAAGAACUCGAUUUCACCGAACAUGAUAAAGAUGAUUAUAAGAAGAUAUGUGAAAAGUAUAGAUUAUUGAAAAAAAUGAGUAAAAGUUGUGAAUUUGGAUCUUUGAAAAAUAGUCUCGUAUUGACGCAGUUGAUACGUGGACUAAAAGAUGUCCACAUGAGGGAGAAACUAUUAGCGAGAUCGUCAAUAACAUUGGAGGAGGCCAGUGCCUGGUGUCGAGCGGCCGAGCGAGCGGGCAAGCAGGCGGCGGCGUGCGCCUCGCGCGCCCCUGCGGGUCCGGCCGCGGCGCUCGAGCACGUGCAGCAGCGUGCCCGGCCUGCCGGCUGCCGCCCCGGCGCCUGCGGUCGCUGCUCGUGCCGGCUGGCGGGGCCGGCGGAGUCUUCAUAUCGGCGUGUCAGUGAUAGUGCUUGCGGAAAGUGUGGGUUACGGCAUAGUGAAAGUAUGCGUUGCUGUGCGUAUUCGGUGAAGUGUUUUCGGUGCGAUAGAUGGGGUCACUUUGCCAAAUUUUGUCGCGUGCGGGUUGCGCGCGAGGUAGUAGAGGACCCAGAGAUGCUGGAUGAGUGUCAGGAUGAGUACGACGAGAAUGGUGAGCUUCUCAUGCACAAUAUUUCGAUCGAAGCUUCAAAUGAAAUGUAUGGUUCAUGGUGUGAGACUAUAGAAGUAAACGGCAUCUUUGUACGAUUUAAAUUAGAUAGUGGGGCAGAAGCAUCCGUCAUGUCCUUAGGCUCAUAUGAAAAAGCCGGUUUUGAUAAGUCUAAGCUAAUUAAGUGCAAUACCGUAUUAAGAGAAAUUAGUAAAAAUAAGCUACCUGUGAUUGGAUAUUUUAAUGGGUUGUUAAAUUAUAAUAAACAGAAAUGCUGUGAAAAAAUUUACGUUCUAGAUAAUAAUUGUAAUAAUUUACUGGGCUUAAGGGCAUGUGUUACUUUGAAAUUAAUUGCAAGAGUGCACCAAGUGUCUCUUGAACUUGAGAAAUAUGAAUCGGUAUUUGAAGGUAUAGGUUGCCUGCCUACUAUUUGUAAAAUAGUUGUUGAUAAAGCGAUAUUACCCGUUGUGAGCGCCUCGCGAAAAAUACCAAUGAAAUUGCGGCCUCGUUUAAAAGAAGAAUUGGACAACAUGGUAAAAUUAAACAUUAUUAAAAAAGAAGAUGGGCCUACAGAUUGGGUGUCGAACAUUGUCAUUGUCGAAAAACCGGAUAAAAAACUUCGCGUUUGUUUAGAUCCUCGCAAUUUAAAUCAGGCCAUUAAACGGAGCCAUUUUCAGUUGCCCACGUUAGACGAAAUGGCGAGCAAUCUUUCAGGAGCGAAAUAUUUUUCGAAAUGUGACGCAAAGAAUGGGUUUUGGAUGAUUAAGUUAGAGGAAUCUAGUUCUAAGUUGUGUACUUUUUCAACGCCGUAUGGAAGAUAUAGAUUUUUACGGAUGCCCUUUGGAAUUAACUGUGCUCCUGAGAUAUUUCACAAUGAAAUGGUUAAAAUAUUUAAAAUGGAAGGUGUGGAAGUGUUCAUAGAUGACAUUUUGAUUUGGGGUCGGACGAAAGAAGAGCAUGAUAGCCGGCUGAUAGAAGUAAUGAGAAGAGCAGUCGAUAGUGGUGUCAAAUUCAAUAAAAAUAAAUGUGUCUUUGGGGUUAGUCAGGUAACUUUUUUGGGCCAUAUAUUUAACUCGACGGGUAUAUCGCCUGAUAAAAACAGAAUAAGUGCCAUCGAAAAUAUGCAGAAACCGACGGAUAAAAAAGGAUUAGAGCGAUUUCUAGGAGUUACAAAUUAUUUGUCUAGAUUCAUACCCCGGUACUCGGAACUUUCGGCACCGUUGCGUGAAUUAUUGGGUAAAAAUAUUAAUUUUGAGUGGUCAGACUAUUAUGAUAAGGCUUUUAACUUAUUAAAAUCAAAAAUCAGCACGGCUCCAGUAUUGAAAUAUUACAACCCCGAAGAGGCGGUGACAGUGUCCGUGGACGCGAGCGCGCGCGGGCUUGGCGCGUGCCUGCUGCAGGGCGGCCGGCCCGUGGCGUACGCGGCGCGCACGCUCACCGCCACGGAGCAGCGCUGGGCGCAGAUCGAGAAGGAAUUGCUCGCGGUCGUCUUUGGGUGCACGCGGUUUCAUCAAUAUAUUUACGGGCAUAACAAAGUUACAGUGGAAACGGACACUUUAUCCCGAGCUGCGACAGAGCACGGGUCCGAUGAAGACAUUUGUAAAGAUGUGAUGGUGCACGUGAACACCCUUUAUGAGAAUGUGGAAGCUAACCCCGAAAUGAUAAAUAAAAUACGAGAAGAAACAGGAAAAGAUGAAACAUUGAGAGCGGUCGGUGAAUAUUACAAAAAUGGUUGGCCGGAUAAUAAAAGAGAAACAGAUAUGGCUGUGAGGCAAUAUUGGGCCGUUCGAAGUGAGCUUCACGUGGUAAAAGGAAUUUUGUUCAGAAACAAUCGAGUCGUCAUGCCGUCAGCACUUCGAAAGGAAAUGCUGAAGCGUAUUCACGAAGGCCAUAUGGGUGUGGAAAAAUGUCAACGUCGUGCCCGUGACGUCAUGUGGUGGCCCGGGAUGAGCACUGACAUCCAGCACGCGGUGCAGGACUGCGACACGUGUCAGCGGCACCGCGCGGCCAGCCCUCGGGAGCCGCUGGCGCUGCACCCCGUGCCGGCGCUGCCGUGGGAAGUCUUAGCGGCAGACAUAUUUGAGUUGCAAAAUAAAUACUAUUUACUCGUAGUAGAUUAUUAUUCCAAAUUUGUCGAAGUUGUUAAUCUUUCCAAUUUAACUAGUGCGUCAGUUAUAAAUGUAUUCAGAGAUAUUUUCAGUAGAUUUGGUAUUCCAAAAAGGCUCGUGACUGACAAUGCUGGCCAAUUCUGUUCGGAACAAUUUAAAUUAUUUACUAAUAAUUGGGGUUUCACACAUGUAACGAGUUCUCCGUUGUAUCCCCGGUCCAACGGGCUCGCCGAACGGAACGUUCGGACUAUAAAAGCUAUGAUGUGUAAGUCAUACGAAAGUGGCGAAGACUGGAAACUAUCGCUAUUAAAUUUUCGAAAUACACCACUUUCUGGAGAAAAGUGGUCACCGGCGCAGCUUUUAAUGAGUCGUCGGUUAAAUACUCGUUUGCCCUCUGGAAAUACUCAGUCAAAACCUAAAACUGUUAAUCCGCAGUUAAUGUUAGACAAUCGUGCUGAACGAAUAAAACAAUAUAAGUCAUACUAUGACCGAGGAACUAAAAGUUUAAUACCAUUAUCUCAAAACGAUCCGGUUCGAAUGAAACAAAAUAAAAUAUGGGUCAAGUCUCGUAUUUUGCGUCCAGCACAAGAAAAACGAUCGUAUUGGGUACAAACUGAAAACGGUGGCGUUUAUAGACGUAAUAGGCAACAUUUGAUGAAAAUACUAAGUCGAGGAAACGAUGCCGAUCGAAUUAACAAUUGCCCUGGCUUGGAUUGGGAUAGUUUUAACUUCGCGCCAACGGGUAAUACCACUCCGGCCACGGAGCCGAACGUGGCGCGUUCACCGCGACCACCGCCUGCCCAUCGGGUAACAAGCAGUGGUCGAGUUGUACGAUCGCCCAUUCGUUUUGCCAGCUAA